AUGGAAUCUAGGAAGAUAUUUUAUACAUUGAUUUACGCUGCCCUGGCAGCUGGAAUGGAAAUGGAUGAUACCGAAGAGUAUACUCGACCACAAAUCACAAAUGCUGGCAGCAAAACAUUUCAUUGGCUAGCUUCUGUUAUUUUUUUGAUGUUGUUACCGUCGUUCUCAGCAUGCCUGACUUUUGGCGGUAAGGUAUAUUCUUCAUUGUUCUUCCAAACUAUAAGCGGUGUAUACUGUUUGCUAGAGGCUGUAUUUUUGCGUUUUCCAGAUGGAGAUGGAGUUGAAAAUCGAACAUCUAGAGGAACGGCCUGGGUGCUUUUAAUGCUUCUUGGAACUACUCUCUUUACUGGGGCAGUAUACACUGGAUCAAAUUUUCUGUUCAGAAACGACAGAAUUAAGGCAGCCUUAUCGCAUAUUAGUUCAAACAAGUUAGCAAACUUGCAUAAAAUUAUGUCAUUUCUAUGCGUCGUUGCAGGUUGGGUUAAAAUAUGCCUCGCACCAGUUGCAAUGUUUGGUUUCUGUCGCGGAAAACACACAGGUCAAUGUAUUGCUCAUGGCGUUAUGGGUUCUGCAUUUGUGUUAUACGGAUUUUUAUAUGCUGCUGUACUUGUGAUUCCAUGGCUGAGGAAUAAUGAGAGUAAAUAUUCGCAGGAUUUUUAUGAUAGUUGUGCAAUGUGUUUGUGGGGUAUAGUAAAUACUUUCACGGAGCAUAGAUGGGGAAGGGAAGAUUGGGGUCACGGAGAUUACCAACAUACUGCAAUGGGUAUCAUAUGGUGGUCUGGUGGUCUUGUAGGGAUGUACCUUUCGCGAAACGGUGGGAGAACAUUUAUACCUGGAUUGUUGAUAAUUUUCACCGGUUGGGCAAUGUCAGAACAUACUCAAAAACUCAUUAUUAGCACAAAAGUCCAUUACUUGUUUGGAUUAGUGCUUAUGAGUGGAGGGGCAUUAAGAAUUGUUGAAAUAUCAUUCUUAUUACGCGAUAAUAGAACGGAUAAUAAGAUACAUUCUUUCCAAUAUUUGCCUCCAUUCUGUUUAGUUUGCUCGGGAGUUCUUUUCAUGGGUGCCAAUGAAGAGCAAUUGGAAUUGGUUCUAAGGCUAGGCGCUGACUAUAGUGCAUACAGCCUAGUCCUUAUAUCUGGUGCUUUCAUGGUUUUCUUGUGGCAACUUCUCUGCCUUGACAUAUAUCAACGUCUAUUAGAACAAAAAGAGGGCCCCUUUUUAGAUAGAGGCAAUUCAGAAGACUCAAAUAUUGAAUUCACGUUAGAGGAUUUUAGAGCCACUGAGGAAUAA